AUGGAUUCCGACGACUACAUGAAUCCAUAUCAUCCCACCUCUAGCUAUUUGAAUCUGUUACAAAGCCAACUUGAAACACAAAACCUCCAAGGCAAUCCUUCUCUAAGUCCAUGUGAUGAAACUCCAUCUGAACCUGCAUCACCGCAAGAAAACCGCAAAACAAGGCAUGCAUGGAUACCAAUUGAUGAUAUCAUGCUUGUCUCUGCUUGGCUCAACACGAGCAAGGAUCCGGUGACUUCGAAUCAACAAAGACUUGAUGCCUUUUGGGGAAGGAUUGCGGAUUACCUUGCAAAGUGUCCAAAUGUUGCAGGUCGGCCAAAGAGGGAGGCAAGUCAUUGUAAGCAGAGGUGGGGGAGGAUAAAUGACUUGGUGUGCAAGUUCGUUGGUUGUUAUGAGACUGCGACAAGAGAGAAGAGUAGUGGACAGAAUGAAGAUGAUGUGAUGAAGUUGGCACACCAAAUAUACUUUGAUGAUCAAGGAUAUCGGUUUACCUUGGAGCAUGCUUGGAGAGACUUAAGGUACGAUCAAAAGUGGUGUGCAUCCACAUCUACUAAAGGCAAUGGAGUGAAGAGGGGAAGGGUGUGUGUUGAUGGGUCUGAACAGGAUGCACAUCCGGUUAAUGAUAUUGAUGGAUCACAUCCCCGUCCUCAAGGUGUAAAGGCUGCAAAGGGGCUUCGUAUGGAUCACCCGCGGAUCUGGAAAGCCCACAAUCGUUUUAGAGGCGGUGGCUUCGUAUGA